CCAGGUUUUCCAUGGUGGUCUAGCUUCAAUUGACUCACGCUUUCAACUAUGAUAAAUACUAAAUCUCCACAAAACCCAUUCUAUAAUUAAUACAUAUCAAUUGUCAAGGCACUUUAUAGGAAAAUUAAUAAAAGCUAAUUAAGCCACGACUAUUAGUAAAUGCUAACCCUUUUUAUGCAUACAAAAACAACUUGUUGUAUUUUGAAUUUGUUAAGUCGGUUUCCAAAGAACUCCAACAGAGCCUCCAGAGGCUCAAAAAGAGCUCCAACCAAUCAGAGCACGACAGAACAUUCUGGAGUUCCAACGUGGCACGCUAUCAUUGGUCAGUAGCAAUUUAUGUCGUUAAGUGGAUUGGCUGAAUUAGGAUGUUGAUUUAACUUAAGCAAACAUCUAUAAAUACUUACGAUUUUCUGUACAAAACUGAACCUUGCAAUAAAGCAUCUUCUCGUUACUCGUGUCUUCUCUCUGGUCUUCAAGUCGCUGAGUAGUGCUAGCCUGGGGUUAUCAGAAUAGCUUAGGAUCUGAAUAAGCGUUCAACCCACAAGACAUAUCAGUGGCGACGGGGAAAAACUACAAGACAUAUCACUGGCGACGAGAAAAAAAAUGACAAUGAGUAUUUCUUUAGAGCAAUUUGAAGCUUAUAUGGAGCGUCAAGAAAAACGGUUUGAACAGUCUCAAAUCAGAGUCAUGGAAGCUCUUAUGCAGAAAUUAUGUAUGUCUCAACAAAACUCUGCUGCUGGUGAAUUUCAAGUAUCUCAUACUGACUCAGUUAUUAACGCAAUCCAUGAAUUUAAUUUUGAUGGUGCAGCAGGUGUCACUUUUAACUCUUGGUUUAAGAAGUAUGAAGAUUUGUUUCAUAUUGAUCUCUGCAGACUGGAUGACGCUUCAAAGGUCAGAAUACUUCUAAGGAAGCUUGGGACAACAGAACAUGAACGCUAUAGUAACUUUAUUCUCCCGAAGAACCCACGAGACUUUAGUUUUGAUGAAACAAUUCAAACCCUGUCUCAAAUCUUUGGAGAACAGUCGUCUCUAUUUAAUAUCCGUUACCAGUGCUUGAAGAUAACGAAAGAAUCAGGAGAUGACUGGGUGAAACAUGCAGGUAUUGUGAACCGAGAAUGCGAGAGGUUCAAUUUGUCUUCCAUGUCUGAAGACCAGUUUAAAUGCUUAGUAUUUGUCUGUAGCCUGCGUUCACCUGAGGAUGCUGACAUCCGAACGAGAAUCCUAAGCAAACUUGAGCAUUGUCCCAACAUGACCCUGCAGGAAGUGACUAAUGAAUGUCAAAGGUUAGUGAAUUUGAAGCACGAUACCUCGAUGGUAGAAAACACUAACCAGUUCCUCCACGUUAAUGCUGUUGAGAUGAAAGUCGAGCAAGGUUCCAGUACACAGAAUUAUCGAAAUGACUGCGGUAAACCAUCAUCCCCAUGCUGGUUAUGCGGAGGUUGGCAUUUCAAAAGGUUUUGUCCGUUUAAAAGUCAUCGUUGUACUACGUGUUCCAGGAAAGGACACAAAGAAAGUCAUUGCAAAACCCGUAAACGUCGUCAACCUAAAGUUUAUUCUAAAAGAUUCAAGCCACGCACAGUCAAGGUGACGGUAGCUGCUAACAGAAUCGGCUCCCAUAAUCGUAGAAAGUAUGUUUCCCUCAAGAUUAACGGGUACGAUGCCCGCUUACAGCUAGACACAGCCUCCGAUAUAACGCUUAUAAGCAGGAGGACGUGGGAGAAAAUUGGGAGGCCGAGAAUAUUUUCAACCUAUCAGACAGCACACGGCGCAUCUGGGGGGAUUAUAAACAUUGCUGGUGAGGUUCACUGUAAAGUCACAGUCGCAGAGCUUACAAAGAAGGGAGUAAUAUUUUUAACAGAACGACCAGCACUCGACUUAUUGGGACUUGAUUGGAUAGAAAAGUUGAAAUUAUUAGAUCGUCCCAUAAAUUCAAUCUGCAACAACGGCACUAUGUCGAAAGUUGGGGACCCAACAUUGUUUCGUGGGGGAGGUUGAAGUCAGCAAAUGCAGUCUGGAUACCUACCCCGCUUCUUCAAAAAAGGGGAGGUGUUAAGUCGGUUUCCAAAGAACUCCAACAGAGCCUCCAGAGGCUCAAAAAGAGCUCCAACCAAUCAGAGCACGACAGAACAUUCUGGAGUUCCAACGUGGCACGCUAUCAUUGGUCAGUAGCAAUUUAUGUCGUUAAGUGGAUUGGCUGAAUUAGGAUGUUGAUUUAACUUAAGCAAACAUCUAUAAAUACUUACGAUUUUCUGUACAAAACUGAACCUUGCAAUAAAGCAUCUUCUCGUUACUCGUGUCUUCUCUCUGGUCUUCAAGUCGCUGAGUAGUGCUAGCCUGGGGUUAUCAGAAUAGCUUAGGAUCUGAAUAAGCGUUCAACCCACAAGACAUAUCAGAAUUCACCCUAGCAAUCUUUAUACCAUUUUAUUACUUACUUACUUACUUUCGCCUGUUACUCCCAAUGGAGCAUAGGCCGCCGACCAGCUUUCUCCAACCCACUCUGUCCUGGGCCUUCUUUUC